AAAGUCAAAAAAAUUAUUAACAACAAUAAAGAAACAAGGUACUUCAAAGAUGGAAAACUUAUUUAUCCUGCGGCUAUUUUUCACGCUUGCAUUAACUUCAGUUGUAAAGGCAACAGAAAUUACCCGUAGUGCCACGGGCGAUACAUGUGACACAUGCAAGUGUACACCAAACAAGAACACUUAUAUUUCUCAUCUAAAGAAAUGCAUAAGUAACGGAGAGGAUAUUGGUUGUCGUCUUCAGAUUCAAGGAGUGACAAAUCCAAUUCCAGUGAUUAAAGCAAAUUAUAUCCCACAAGAUGCAGUAUACAACAUAGAAUCGAACGAAUCAUGCCUAAGUGAUGCACGAGUGUAUACUUCAAAUUCAAAAGACGGUUGGAUGUUACGCAAAGACAUUAGAAAAAGUAUGGAGCACAAAAAGGGUUAUCGUUGGUUUCGAAUCAAGUUCAACAAAUUUUGGCCAGGAAUCCUCAUCAAGAUCGAAGACUCAUGUGGAAAUUGUACAGUUUUGAAAUUCUCGGGGAGAGCUACUUAUCCAUUAAAAGAUGAAUAUAAAACUACGGUAGGACCAACAAUAACAAGCACGACAGAAAUACGGCAAAAAAUCUCAAAUAAAAAGUCAAGCGAUAAUUGGGUGACAGGAAUUUCAAUUGGAAUAGCUAUUCUCAUCAUAAUUCUGUUUGGUGCCAUCGCCUAUUACAUAUUCAUUAUAAAGAGAAAAGCUCGCGCUACAAAGUUUUAUAUCACCAAUAAUCAACAAGCUACUACAGAAUUCGGAAACAAUUCUUACGGUAAACAAAGUAUUAUCUUUCUUGACAAAAACAUAGCAAGGCCUAAUGGCGACAUGUAUGAUUACAUUGGCACCUCGUCAGGAAGUUCAUCUCAGCCAGUACAUGUUUACGAGAAUAGCGCGCCAUUACCUCCAAAAUGUUCAAUUAAACCUUCGAUAUCAUCUGGGAACUCUCAACUUUACGAAGAACUUCCUACUGAAGAUCAUAGUUUGAAGGAACAAUAGUAAAAUAUUUUUUUUUCUGGUGUAUUGUAACUUAAUUGUAGUCAUUCUAAAUGCUGAUAUUUUUAUUAAAAAAUGAGAACCCUAAUUUAACAGUAA